UCAUGAAGAACACGAACUGUAGUAAAAAUCAUACCAAGAGAAUACGAAUCAGUAUAUCUUCGGGGAGUAAAAUUAGGAUUUUAUAAGUUUAUAAACACGGGUUAGGAUACACUGAAUCAAUUCCAAAAACAGUAGGGUUCUUUAAACCCUUGCUAAUUGGGCAGUUCAAAUCCCUUAUAAACCCCUUUCUUUCCUUUCAAUUGGGCAGUUCAAAUCCCCUAUUGAUCCUCAAUUGACGACCUCAAAGCCCCCUCCUUCUCCGAGAAGAAGAAGAAAGAAUACUGAAAUCGAAAUCCAAUGUAGGUACAAAACCGAUUCUUUUCUCUCUCUCUCUCUCUCCAUCGUUUUCUUCUACUUCUGCAAGAACAAAGCUCCACGGUACCGUUCCCCAAUCGGUACCAUCUCUGAAUCGGAGCUUCUUGGUUUCUUCUGUCGCGACCCAUCUUCCCUUCAAUAACAGGAACAUGGAAGGAGUGGAUGAGCUGGACUUGAAUGCUACAAUUGCACAAAUGGUUAGUAAAAGACAGGGCAAGAAAAAUAUGAAGAGUGAAGCAAAGAAGAAAACUGGUGAAAGACGAAAGAAGAAGAAACAAUCGGUUGCGGUGGACCAAGAGAGUUUGUUAGGUUAUGAAGAGGGCCAGAAGGAUGACACUCCUCCCGGAAUUACAGUUUCAGCAUUUGAUUAUUCUGCUGAGAAUUACUUGAAUGUUGUAGAUAAAAUAUGUAAGUUAUGCGGACAGGCAAAGUCUGAUGAUUUGGAUGAAAAUGAGAUCAAGCGCUUAUCGUCCUUUGUUACUUUUGUAAGAGAAUGGAGGCACUUUACUUACCCACCAAGAGCAAUUCGGUUUUCUCGUCAAAGUGUAAGCAGACCUCAGGGAAAAGACGUUACUGGUGGGAUAGAUCUACCUCAAUUUUCAGCUGCAACUGUUCCUAAGAAUGGCCUACAAAAUGGGAACAUGCUAUGUCAGGAACCAAGCAAUGACUUUGUAAUGAACGUCGGAGGCCUCGUUUGGGCUUUGGAUUGGUGUCCUAGAGUUCAUCAGUGGUGUGAAUUGUCGGACUGUCAUGUUAACUGUGAGUUUAUUGCCGUUGCUGCUCAUCCUCCUGAAUCUUCUUAUCACAAGGUUGGUGCCCCACUUAUUGGUAGAGGGGUCAUUCAGAUAUGGUGUCUUUUAAACAUUGGUGUCAAAGAGGAAGAAGUACCUCGGACUAAAAACAAGGCAACGCAGAAUCAGAGUAGCUCAACAGGAAAGGUCACGUCACCUAAUGAAUCGAGAACAAGAGGGAGACCCAGAAAGAAUCGAGUAAAUGAAUCUGCAGACAAUAUUGAUGAAAAUAGUGAGUAUGUGCAACCUAAGAAGCCAAGAGGGAGGCCCAAAAAUAAGCCAGUAACUGAAUCUUUAGAUAAUCUCAGUGGCAAUAACGAAUUAUAUGUGCAAGCACUUGCUGUUCAAUUUCCUGAAAAUGCGUCAAACUUGCUUCCUAUAGACACAAUCAGAGAAAAUACCUCUGAGUGUGUUGCCGAAAAGGUUUCAGGUACAACAUUAAAAGCUUGCCGCCGAGGAUCAGUUGCUGAUAAUUUAGUGUUGGAAACUUCAGUCAAGAGGAGGAGGUUGAAAGCGAUGGCAAGGGAAGGGAAUUUUGUGGAUCCUGAUCAUAUGCCUUUAUUGACAGAAAAUGAGUCUUCUGUACAGGAUCCCUUGGAAAGUAGUGCUGCUAGUUGUGUUAUACCGAAGGAUGUAGCUUUGCCUAGGGUUGUGUUGUGCUUGGCUCACAAUGGAAAAGUGGCAUGGGAUGUGAAAUGGCGGCCUUCUUUUGUUAACGAUGCUGAAUCAAAUCAUAGAAUGGGCUAUCUUGCUGUUCUGCUUGGAAAUGGAGCUUUAGAAGUGUGGGAAGUUCCUCUUCCUCAAACAAUAAAAGCUAUUUAUUCUGCUUGUCAAACAGAGGGAACUGAUCCUCGCUUCGUGAAAUUGGAGCCUGUGUUCAGAUGUUCAAAGCUGAAGAGUGGUGACAGACAGAGCAUCCCCCUGACAGUGGAGUGGUCAGCAUCAGCUCCCCAUGAUUUUAUUCUUGCUGGAUGUCACGAUGGAGUGGUUGCCUUGUGGAAAUUCUCUGCAAAUGGUAGAUCUGAAGAUACAAGGCCUUUGCUUUGCUUCAGUGCAGAUACAGUUCCUAUACGAGGACUUGCUUGGGCCCCAGUUGAAAGUGAUUCUGAGAGUGCAAAUGUUAUAGUCACAGCUGGGCACAAAGGCAUUAAGUUUUGGGACAUACGAGAUCCAUUUUGCCCUUUGUGGGACCUUAAUCCGGUUCAGAGGAAUAUAUAUAGUAUGGAUUGGUUGCCAGAUCCGAGAUGUGUGAUUGUAUCUUUUGAUGAUGGAACACUGAGGAUUCUCAGCUUAGUUAAGGCUGCAUAUGAUGUUCCUGUCACUGGAAAACCUUUUGUGGGGACUCAACAGCAAGGAUUCCAUAGUUAUUAUUGUUCAUCAUUUGCAAUAUGGAGUGUUCAAGUUUCUCGACUAACAGGCAUGGUUGCAUAUUGUAGUGCAGACGGUACUGUUCUUUGUUUCCAGCUGACAGCCAGAGAGGUGGAGAAAGACCCUCGGAGAAAUCGGGCACCGCAUUUCCUAUGUGGAUCAUUGACAGAGGAAGAAUCAACUCUGACAAUAAAUACUCCGUUGCCAGAUACUCCGUUUCCCAUGAAAAAAUCAUUGAAUGAGUGGAGUAAUGCCCCAAGAACUAUUCGCGGGUACUUAUCUAAAUCAAACCAGGCCAGAAGAGCAAAGGAACAAAUGUCGAAAGGCCAACCAUCAGAUAGUCAAACUCUAGCUCUGUGUUAUGGCGAUGAUCCGGGAACUGAAAUUGGAUCCGAGGACGAAUUGGUGUUGCAGAAGAGCAAACAAUCACCAAAAUCUAAGGCAAGCGGUAAGAAAAAGGGGGGAAGUAAUCAAGCAUUAGUAUGUAGAGAUGAAGAGCCGGAGGAUUUUGAGAGAGGAGAGGGUCAGGAAGGGGAAAUUCGGGAAGAAAUCGAAGUUUUUCCUCCAAAGAUGGUUGCUAUGCAUAGAGUGAGAUGGAAUAUGAACAAGGGCAGUGAGAGAUGGCUGUGCUCUGGAGGAGCUGCUGGAAUCGUGCGUUGUCAAGCCAUAAACAAUCCGGUUUUCGAUAAACAAUCGCCUAAAUAUAGGAAGCAGACUACUUAAUUCAAUCUUCUUCGUGUUAUUUAUAGUGCGGGAAACACAUUGAGGUUUCUUAUUUUUAUUUAUUUAAAUUAAAUUGUUGUGUUUAUAAUGCUUUGGAAGGUACCUCUACGUUAUAAUGAUUUAGUUCUUGUUUACAAUUUCAUUUUCUCAA